GACUUUCUAAUAAUCAUUGCAAUAGUUAUCUUACCUAGCCUGAAGUAUCAUUAACCACUCGUAAGUCAAGUAACAAACGCUGUUGUUGCCUUUUUUGGUGCACAACCUGUGAGACUCUGUGUACACGACACGACGUAAUUCUCAUCCAAGGAGGUGUGUUGGGUUCGUUUCAAAGCAUUUGCUGAAUUUUUACUUCAUUGUGGGUUAAUUCUAUGAUGGUUCGAGUUGCCUUCGUUCAUCCAGAUCUGGGAAUCGGUGGCGCUGAACGUCUAGUGGUGGAUGCUGGCUUAGCUCUGAAAUCCCGUGGUCACGAAGUUCAUUUUUUCACGUCUCACCAUGAUAAGUCUCACUGCUUCGAGGAGACUAAGAACGGUUCACUUCAAGUCACUGCAGUUGGAGACUGGCUCCCUAGACACUGCUUUGGAUAUUUUUACGCUUUCUGGGCGUAUGUAAGAAUGAUUUAUGUCUCUAUUUAUCUGGUGCUCUUCUCAUCAUGGCGGAUGGAUGUUGUGUUUUGUGAUCAGGUGUCUGUCUGUAUCCCCUUUCUAAAGCUCAGCAAAGCACGGAUCGUGUUUUAUUGUCAUUUUCCAGAUUUGCUCCUAACUCAACGAAAAAGCUUCCUUAAAAAGCUCUAUCGUGCUCCAUUAGACUGGUUGGAGGAACUCACAACUGGUAAGCUGAAAUGUGAUCUUCACGUGUGAAGGAUAAUAAAGAAGGCUUUGUAGAUGUGUUUAGUUUUGAGGGUUAGGGGGUGCUAGUACAGAUUCAAACUGACAGGGGUGACCAGAGGUUUUUUUUUUGUAUCAUUCAUGUAUUCUUGUACUUAUUUAACUAUUUGGCUAUUUAUAUUAUAUGUAAUUUAUAUUAUAUGUAAUGGUUCUUUUAAUUCAUCCUUAUAACUUUUCUUUGGGAUGGGAAUGGGAGCCUGAUUUUAAGACACUAUUUUGGGGAAUGGAUAUACUUCAACGUAAAUUUUCAUUGUAGCGCUUGCACAAGUAAAUAUACCUUGUUCAGGGGAUUUUGGAAAGUUUGAUUUUUAUCCCAAAGCAAGUAUGACCAUCAGUCUGAGUACAGAUUACUUCUUCCCCCAUACUUAGCUGUUUACACCCAAACAUCAGUAUACAUAUUCUCCAUACUUUCUUUAUACAUUUCCUUAGGUAUUGAAAAGAAGAAUUAGUGUGACAAACAGGAGCUUCUUGAAUUUUUUAUUUAAAAAAUAACUCUAUGUUAGUGUGUAGAGUACCGUAUUUAUCCAUGUAUAAGUCGACUUUUUAUGACCGAAAAAUCAGCCCAAAAAUCACCCUCGACUUAUACACGGGUCAUAGACAAAGACCUGACCCAAGCAAUCCAAGAAAUUAGCAUAACAAUUGCCUGAAGUCCAUUGGUAAAACCGAGUUUACAAAACCAGUUCUCACUGUGUUAGAGUUUCAUCAGUUUUCAGCAUGUUCUUUAUAGACAAAAAAGUUUGAAAUAAUGAAUUUUACGCGGCUUAAACAGAAACCUACUGAAGCUUAUUUCUAUUGUAUCUUCUGAUCUGUAGAGCAGACAUUUUUCCUAACAACUUCGCUGCUGUUUACGGUACUUAACUCUCGUUUUCAUUGCACGUGAAGUUAUCUUAGUUACCAGUGCUCCUCAAAUUUGUAGUUUCCAAGAUGGCGAUGUUUUCAUCAAGUGAUCCUUCGAAGCUCUUCGGUGUUCCUUCGGUCUACUAAAUCUCCUUUCAAAAAGUUAUUUAAAUGCACGAAGAUUUCAUUUUCAAAGCGAUUUAAAAAAUAUGGUAAAUUACUUCUCCAGUAGUUCGAAGUGCUCAUACGGUGUAUAUGCUUAAAUCAUGAAUCAUGGUGAUAUAAACAAGUGUUACAGCACAAGGUUACAUUUUGCUCUGCAGUUUUUUUUUAAUUCACUGUGUUUUCAAUAUGUUCUCAGAAAUAAGAUAUCAAACAUUUGGGAACUUUCUAUCAGUCUGAAUUUUUCUUUAACUAGAAACAAUGAAAAAUCCGAUUUUUGACCUUGAAAAUGGGGGGUCGACUUUUACAUGGGUUCGAGUUAUACACAGAUAAAUAUGGUAUAUCACAGCAUUUGGAUAUCUUGCACCAAUCACAGUGUUUGGUAUUGUAAAUGAUGUAUAAAUUAAUGUUUGGGUAUCUUGUAAAUGAUGUCAUGGAAUCAGGGGGACAUACACAAAGAUUAAUGUUCACCAGAAAUUUUAUACUCAUUUGAUAAGUGUCAUGGUUUAUUACCUUUGCAAGAGUCUAGUUGACUAAGAUUGAGAUUUAUCAGGAUAUAAAAGGUUCACAUUUAACUUUUUGUAUCAUUUUCAUUAUCACCAGGCUUCAAGUAUCAAGGGUGAUAAUGUAAGGAAAUCUGUAGGGCAGUAACUCAAAGGGAUUGAAGGGUUGAUGGGGCAUUGAUCUUUUUUUUCUCAGGGGACAAGUAAGAAUGGGUGUGACUUUUGAUUAAAUAAUAUCCAUUAGAUUAUCAUACAAUUCUCAUGUGACUAAUGGUUGAGAAACAUGUAAGAAUUAUGUCAAGUUUCACAUAAACCUUUCACACCUAAGAUCUCACUGGUAUUUCUCUUUACAGUCUGCCUUACAGUUCUUGUGAUGUUAUUUCAGUUAAUUUGAUAUUGGAUACUUUUCUUUAUUCUAUUACUUGUCUGCUUGAUAUUGUAUUGACUUGUAAGGAGAAAUUCUGUCUUGGUCAUGUAUGAAAGGAAGAUGGUUAAAAUAUGGAAAAUAGGCUGCUUAUGGUUAGUGUGCAUCAUGUUGUAUACAUGCAAUAGCAGUGUCAGCAAAUAUGAUCAUUCUUUUUCCAUUUCAGGCAUGGCAGAUAGUGUUCUUGUAAACAGCAAUUUUACUGCUGAAACAUUUUUGUCAACAUUUACAAGUCUGUGCAGUAACCGUCCACGUGUCUUAUAUCCUUCAUUGAAUUUUUCUUCAUUUGAUAAACCAGUUGUAAAGGAGGAAAUUGAAGACCUCAUACCACCUACUGCCAAGUGUGUUUUCUUGUCUAUAAAUCGAUAUGAAAGAAAGAAAAAUUUGAACCUUGCCUUGGAGGCAUUAGAUUGGCUCAGGAAUAUUAUCAGUGACAAGGAAUGGAAGGAUGUUCAUCUAGUUAUGGCAGGUAAACAAUAAGGUACCUUUUAUUUAUCAAGUUUGAGGUCCUUAGCUUACAUUACAUGUACAGCUUACAUUACAUGUAUCUCUUACUUACCAAGUUCAAGGUCCAUUCUUUGAGUUACACUCCAAAAUUUUUGGAUUUAUGGCCCAAGGGCAAAGUGUAUGGGCAAUAAAUCCAUGCAAAAAUAACUAUUUUCUGUAAUUUACAGUAAAGAACAAAAAAACAAGGUUAGUAAGGUAUUUAUUAUAUCUCUGGGUUCAAAAAGAAGGGGAACAUUUCAGUUCAAACAAUUAUUUCAUACAUACUGAGAUUUUCACUGUGAAGUACUAUUGUCCAUGUCUCUGAUUGGACAAAUGAUGUAUUUUCAGUCAUUUGCUUCCAAUCUUAGUAUUGAAAUGUGAAAAAAUGUCAGCAUGUAUUAAACAAAAACAUAAUACCAUGGAAAGUGCUUGAACAAUUUUCAUUCACUAGUUGUAAUGCCUCAAAAAGUCACUUGUUUGCUGUGCUCACUUGUUUGUACUUUUGAUGCAUUGCGACUUGUGAAUAAAAGUGGUUUGUGCCCACUUUCCAUGGAAGUCUCUAUUUAUACAAUAUUUCUUUGUUGUUCUUACAGGAGGAUAUGAUGACAGAGUAACAGAAAACAAAGAGCACCAUUUGGAACUUUGCAAACUUGCUGAACAAUACAACCUGAACAGUAAAGUCACAUUUGUGAGAUCAUUCAGUGAUGCUCAAAAGCUAAGUCUUCUUAAUCAAUGUUCUUGCUUAAUCUAUACUCCAAGUCAUGAACACUUUGGGAUUGUUCCAAUUGAGGCCAUGUAUAUGAAGCGUCCAGUAAUCGCAGUUAACAGUGGAGGGCCGUUGGAAACUGUUCAAAAUGGCGUGACUGGAUUUUUAUGCAAUCCUGAUGCCGAAUCAUUUGCUUUAGCAAUGAAGGAGUUUUUGAAGAAUCCCUCACUUAGUUCAACAAUGGGUGAAGCUGGCAAAGAGAAUGUGAUCAAGAAGUUCUCUUUUGAUGUAUUUGCUCAACAUCUUCACAGUAUUGUAUGUUGUUUAUACUUGCUAGAGUUUGAUGCCUAUCAAUUAGACUAGUACACCUUAUAGACUGAGUAGCAUUUACAGAACACUCAACUCUUGUUAUAGCAGCACUUUGUUUUUCAAACAUUAAAAUAUUUUGGGGGUAUUUUUUGACAGGUGUUUUAGUUCUGUUCAUAAACGUCAUGUCUCAAAGUCAAGAGGUGACUUUUCUAGCCAUCACCUGUACUGUAUAAAAUUCAUAGGUUGUCAGGGAGAGAAAUUAUAUAUAUAUUUUUGACGAUCCCAAAUUUAUUAUCAAGAGUCAGCUCAUUUGCUUAGGCCUCAUUUCAUGUAAUGAUUUGUAGAUUGUAUCUACUUUGGGGGCUUACUGAUAUUUCAUAUUAUGUGUUUUAUAAAUUAUAUAAUUUAUUUUUUUCCCUUAACCCUGCCCAGAUCAUUAGCCCUUCACCAAAAAUUAUUCUGCAUAUAAACUCACGCUCAACCCACAAUUCCUCUACGUGCCCUUACAAAGGACUAAUACUCAAAAUGUCAGCUUUGAAAUUCUGGCCAAUUUACAGUAUCAACUCAGUUGAUAAAACCAAAUUACCAAGAUUAGAGAUAAUGUUUACAACUUUUGCAAUGGCAGGUUUAUACCAGACACCUUCAAACUUCACUUUUUAGUUGCAUUCAUCUUCAUAAAAAAUCAAUUUUAAUAUAUUUCUUUAGAAUGUUACUAUUAAAAACUAUUUUAGUUCAGCAUGGAUGAUGAUGACAAUUAGAAAUUCUAGCAUGCUUACAAUUGUAGCUCACUUCAACAAACUUUGCCUUGCACACAGUCUCACUGUUUGACUGUCAAAUAAAUCACAGUAUUAAUCAGACAAUAUUGCCAUUGUGUGGUUUAUUGACAGGUAACAGAUGGAGCCCAGACAGGGAGGGUGUGGUCGACAGCUUUGACAUGUUUUCUCAUGGUUGUAGUGUUCUGUGUGGCCUGUGUGUGGGUUGUCAAUUUCCAUAACGGUCACUGACAAGAAGUUCAUUACAUAAGAUAAAGUAUUAUUAAUCCACGGUAAAAAGUCACUGAUGAGAGGUUGUUACUUUUCAACAUACAUGUAAAGCACAUUUAAUGUGCUAUAAAAUCAGUUAAAUAAUUAUGUAAUGAUUUAAGUAGGUGACAAGUGAAUCAUUGAAGAAAGUACCUUUGUGAGCUUAUCCAAGCUGUGUAGAGAAUGAUUAAAUUCAGGUUGAGGGCAUCUUAGAAGUUGGCCAUGACUGUGUUUUGCCUCUAUAGGUGUUCAUAGAGGCAAAAUUGUGAAAUAUUUUUCUAAAUAAAAAAUGUAUCAUGCUACAAGCUGGAACUGUUUUGGAUGCCAUAGUUAAAUGAAAAAGGUUUGGUCACUGAAUUUGCAGCCAUCUGUAUUUUAUUCAAGUAAGCGCUGUGGGUGCUUAUGAAAUCAAAUCAUUGCCAUUUUCAGCAAGUAGUAAGUUGAUUUUGUGACAAAACAUGAAUUUAGAGAUUGUAAGGCAGUAGGGUGCCUAUUUAAGGUGGUGCUUUUAAACUUUUACUAUGCUAUAGGGUGAGUGCUCUUUCAAGGUUGGGUGUUUAAUCAAAUGAAAAUUCUACAUCACUAUAUUUGGUGACCUAUCAGAAUGCAGUGUAUAGAGUUGAAAUUCUUUACUGAGAAUUGAAUGGGAGACCUUUGGAUUUCAGUGUUAUUCAGAUUAUUAAACAGUGUUAGAAAAAAUUAUAGGGGGUAAGUUUCUAAAGAAACUGUGGUGCUGUGUUGGUGGGGUUGUGACAAAAAAAAGUUGGUGUUAUCAACUGAAUUGAUAAUGGUAAUUAGUCAUUCUAAAGAGAUUCUUAAGCUUCAAAGAAGGGCUAGAAACUGUUUACAAGGGCUAAUUUACAUUAUCAACUCGGGUGAAAAACAAAAACAAAUUAGCUUCAAAAACAAUUUUAUUAUGCUUUAGCUUUAUUUAUCACUACAGGGUAUCUUCGUUAUCUUCUGUUUGCUGAUCUUUAGGCAAUAACUUAUAUGUAGGAGUCUUUGCCAGAAUAAAAAAAUAUGUAAUAAAUAGAACAAGUUAAAAUAGUUUAAAUUAAUUAAAAAUAUUUUCAUUAUGCAGGUAUUUAUGAAAAAUCUUUUUUACAAUCCUCUACAAGCAGUGUUUGGAGC